UUUUAUUUUAUUUUUCAUUCAUGAUGCAUAGAGGCGUUACCCAGACAAAGUGAGCAUUUGUCAGCUGGACUUUCUAGAAAUGACCUAGGCAGUGAAAUCGGUUUGAAGCAUCCCAAAGAGCCCUGCAAAAGAAUGCUGAGAGUUAAUCUGGCACCCUCCUUUGGAAACCUGCGGUGUCUGUCAGCUCUUCAGCUGUGCCCAAACACCUUCCAUUGUGCUGCCACACCAGGAUAGAAUUCCAAGCCCACAGUGAGUUCUGGAAUGUUGUGGUGCAGUGUUGGAAUCACAUGUGAACACGUGGUCUUGCCUCCCCCCCUUGUGAGGGGUCAUGGUGGACCAGGCUGGUGGCCUUUCAUGAUGUCAUAAGCGGCUGGAUUGAGGGGAGGAGCGGUGCGUUCUGUGUUCCUUUGUGGGUGAGCAGGAGUUCGGAGUGGUUGGUUGGCUUGUUGUUCUUGUGCGUUUAGUGCCUUUUUCUUCACACCAUCUUGCGCAGCAGCUUGUAGCUUUUGCUCUCAGAACAUCUGAGCAAAGUGACAAGGAACUGCGGCAGAUAGCUUGAGGUGAUCUCGUUGCCAGCUGGUCACACCUGCUGUGAUGGGCGUCGCGUGCAGCAAGAUCAGCCGUGGGCCUGACAUGGCGGGGACGGAGGCUGAUAACAUGUGGAAGCCACAGCUGGUGCGUGCAGAGUCAUCUCUCAACGUUCCAGCGAUUGCGGCGGCCCAUGUUAUUAAGAGCUACGUCGCCCAGGCGCCGGAUGAAGUCUCCCUGGAGGUGGGAGACGUGGUGUGCAUCACUGAUAUGCCACCAAAGGAGCUGAGCCCCUGGUGGAGAGGCAAGCGUGGCUUUCAGGUUGGAUCUUUCCCUAGUGAGUGCGUGGAACUCAUUAGCGGAAAAGUUCCUGAGUCCCUGGUCGAUUCAUUGCGAAAGCCAGUGCCAAAGAAACGGGGCAAGCUCCUCCCCUUCAUUCGCUCCUUGGUGAAGGCCCGCCCCCAGAGAGCGAAGCAGCCGGAGCAAGAGAAGAAAGGGGUGUUUGGGUGUGACCUGGGGGAGCACCUACUCCGCUUUGGCCGUGAUGUCCCCCAGGUCCUCCAGAGCUGCGCUCAGUUCAUCGAGCAGCAUGGCGUGGUGCAGGGAAUAUACCGUCGUUCCGGCGUCGCGUCCAAGAUCCAGCAACUACGCCAUGAAUUUGAUUCAGAGCAGCUUCCCGAGCUUAGCGUCCGUGACAUUCACAGCGUGAGCUCCGUAUGUAAGAUGUACUUCAGGGAGCUCCCGAACCCUCUCCUGACCACCCAGCUGUAUGACAAGUUCACGGACGCUGCCGGUGCUGCUACAGAGGAGGAGCGGUUGCUGAGAAUGAAGGACGCCAUCCAGCAGCUGCCCGCUCCUCACUACAGGACGCUGGAGUACCUGAUGCGUCAUUUGGCGUCUCUCGCUGGGAACUGCUCGGUCACCAACAUGGACGCUCAUAAUUUAGCAAUAGUGUGGGCUCCAAACCUCUUAAGAUCCCAGCAGAGCCAGUCAGCCUGCGCCAGUGGAGGAGCUGCCAGCUUGGAAGUUCAGACACAGACAGCUGUAGUGGAAUUCCUCAUUAGCCACGCAGACAGCCUAUUCAGCUCCAAAACCUCAUCAGCCAUGGGAGAGGAAGCAGGUGAGCGUCUUCCUCCAUUAGCUUGAUCUUGAUCCAAUCCAGGCCUUCUCCAAGAUCUUUCAAAUACGCUUUGACUCUCAAUGGGACAGGAGGCUUCUGGGCUUAGAUGAGAAUAUGGCACCCUGUUGCUGGAUCCUGAGAAUGUUCGAGGCCAGACUUUACAUGCAGAAAACC